AUUGAGUGUGGAUGCUGGAUUCAACCUCUUCUUCAGCAGCAUAUAAUGUAGCCUAUUGUCGGAGCACCCCAAAGGAGAGAUCGAUCUCCUGCAACCUGUGCGCGCAUGGCACGCAUAGGACCGAUACUGAGUGGAAGGCGGUGUUGUGGCUGUAUAUGGUGACGUCUUAAAGGCAGGUCUUGGUCAAACCUACCAAUGGUACAAGUCGGUCCUACUCUGCUAGGACUGAGCGCAAUGAAUGGGUGUCGGAGCUCUACACGGCUAAGGAGCACCCGCAGCGCAACCAGGCGGAUAAGGGGAUGCGGCAUCGGUACGCGGGAGCUGUCCAUCAGCACCACAUACCCGACGAAAAGCAAGGAAGCAGCGAGCGGAGCCGAGAGCAAGUCGCUCCCGUUUUCAGCCUGCCGCCCCCGCCCUCUUCUCACCAGCGAGUCCGCACUUCAGCCACCGCCGCUCAGCGCCAGAGCCUCCAGGAGCUCCCGUGCGUGAGCCAGCCCUCCCGGAGAACGGUUCGCAGCGGCGACCCUCUGCCGCUGGCAAGCUACAGCACCGGCCGGCGACCUUCACGCGAAACCGGUCAGCAGGAUCCCUGGGCCCCGGACGGCUCCCAGCAGCCGCCGCCGCUGCAGUCAGAGAGGGAGGCUGUUUUUCCAAGCUGCCACUGCAGCUUUUCGGAGCAAGAAGCGAGCCUUUCUGAUAACCGACCCCAUCCUUGUCACCCUCUCCCCCCGAAACCCUCCCCACCGUUCCCACCACGCAUACCGCCGCCGCCAACGUCUUCCUCCUCCUCUCUGCUCUUUUCCCGGGGAUCUGAACGAGAGAACCGUCUCCGAAGGAGUGCCAAUAAUCACCAACAGGCGAACGCUGUGGAACGCUGCAGGGGAGGAGGAGGAGCAGGAGGGCACCAAGACCACAGACAGUUGUUGCAGCAACAGCAACAGCAACAGCACUGUCAUUUAGGACUCCAACAGAGGGACCCCUCCCCUGAAGGAAGCCGUGCAAACUCACAAAAAGGGCGCUCUUUGGAUGCAUGCGAGUCAAACGAGGCUGAGAAAGCGUUUCAGUGUCAGACUCCGGAUCUGCAGCAGCAACAGAUCCCACAGUUGCGUGCGCAGCAACAGCUACUGGUGGGAAGCAGUCUGCCCGUCAACUACUGCGCAAGCGGCUCCGGAGAGCUAUGUAGGACUCACCGGGAUCCACUGCUGCAACAGCAGCUGCUGCAGCAGCAGCUGCACUGUGACAAAGAUCGCAAUAAGUGUGGAAGGAUCACCGCGGAGGGCGGUCAGGCGCAGCAACACAGCCGCGGCUCCCGCGUAACCCCCCCUGCAGCACCGCCGCCGCCGCCGCCGCGGCACACUUACGCGGGCAACUCGUCUGCUACUGGCAGCCACAGCAGCAGAGACAGCCCCAACUACGGCUCCAGCUAUCACCUGUGGCCGGAGAGCCCGCAUAAAGGAGAGGAGAGGAUACGCAUCGACCUCCAUCAGGCCUCAACUGAGCAGAAGAAGCUGAGCCAUGCUGGAUCCAAGCCCUCCCUCUCUGAGAGCAGUGGCAGACUCCCUCAGAUAGCCAUGAACACCUGCAAAUACAAUGGCGGAGUGGUAAGACCACUAGUGGGCAGCCUGGCGUCCUCGUCGCGCCGAAACCUUGCAGAGCUCGACUCAGAAACGCAACCCUUGCAGACCCUGCACAGCUCCGGGUUGGAGGUGGUAGUGUCCAAGGGAAACGGCGGUGAAGACCCCAGUAAGGCAUCCAACGAGAGCCUCGUCAGGGAGGGCAGCGGGCGAAGCAGAGGCCGGGCUCCACAAAAGAAGAACAGGGACAUUGGCUACAAACUCGGUCACCGGAGGGCGCUGUUCGAGAAGCGAAAGCGACUCAGUGACUACGCACUCAUCUUCGGGAUGUUCGGAAUUGUUGUCAUGGUGACGGAGACAGAACUUUCAUGGGGGGUUUACACUAAGUCCUCCUUGCAGCUUUUCAUGGUCGACAAUGGCGCGGACGAUUGGAGGAUAGCCAUGACGUAUGAACGAAUCUUCUUCAUCGUGCUGGAGCUUCUGGUGUGUGCCAUUCACCCUAUCCCAGGCCAGUACGUCUUCACUUGGACGGCGCGGCUGGCCUUCACCUACACGCCGUCCGUGGCCGACGCCGACGUGGACAUCAUUCUCUCCAUUCCCAUGUUCCUGAGACUCUACCUGAUCGGCAGGGUCAUGUUACUCCACAGCAAGCUGUUCACGGAUGCUUCAUCCCGCAGUAUCGGCGCCCUCAACAAAAUCAACUUCAACACCCGCUUUGUCAUGAAAACCCUCAUGACCAUCUGUCCGGGAACGGUGUUGCUGGUGUUCAGUAUAUCCUCCUGGAUCAUUGCUGCAUGGACUGUGCGUGUCUGUGAGAGGUAUCAUGACAAACAGGAAGUGACCAGUAACUUCCUGGGAGCCAUGUGGCUCAUCUCUAUCACCUUCCUCACCAUUGGCUACGGUGACAUGGUGCCGCACACGUACUGUGGGAAAGGCGUGUGUCUGCUUACGGGAAUCAUGGGAGCUGGUUGCACUGCGCUGGUGGUUGCAGUGGUUGCCAGGAAGCUGGAGCUGACCAAGGCUGAGAAGCAUGUCCACAACUUUAUGAUGGACACACAACUCUGCAAACGAGUAAAGAACACAGCUGCCAAUGUACUCAGGGAAACAUGGCUCAUUUACAAACACACCAAGCUGGUCAAGAAGAUAGAUCAUGCCAAGGUGCGGAAACACCAACGCAAGUUUCUCCAAGCCAUCCACCAGUAAGUCCUGGACUUCCUGCGCUUUAAUCGACCGUCUAAACUGGUUGCUGCCCUUUUAAAAAUCUCUCUCCAGAAAGUAAAAAUAAAUAAAUACUUUUAGUGUACUGGUUAUAUUGCUAAUAUGGUAAAGAACUGUAGCCAUAGCUGUAUAGAGUUGUUGUUUUAGUGUUGUUGUCGUGUAAAUUUAAACAGAUACACACAAACACACUCAAACUAUUGUGAUGGUCCUUCCUCUUUCCCUCCCCUCCUCCCUUUACCCCCUCCAACCCUCUUCUACCCUGCGCUUACAGCGACAAGUGUAACAGUUUCACUCGUUUCGUGAAUGU